AUGUCGCACUCUCACGACGGACAAUCUCACUCUCAUGAUGGCUUCAAUGCGCAGGAGCAUGGCCACUCACAUGAGAUCCUCGAUGGACCUGGUAGCUUCCUAGGCCGUGAGAUGCCCAUCGUUGAGGGACGAGAGUGUCCCGUCGGCUCCGGAAAGACCGCUCUCAUGCUCGCCCUCUCCCUCGCUCUCCGAAAGGAAUACUCCCUCGCCGCUGUCACAAACGACAUCUUCACCCGCGAAGACGCAGAGUUCCUUACUCGAAACAAGGCUCUCCCACCUUCUCGCAUCCGCGCCAUUGAGACUGGUGGUUGCCCUCACGCUGCUGUCCGAGAGGACAUCUCCCAGAAUCUCGCUGCACUGGAAGACCUGCACCGCGAGUUCGACACCGAUAUCCUCCUUAUUGAGUCGGGAGGCGACAACCUCGCAGCAAACUACAGCCGCGAGUUGGCCGAUUUCAUCAUCUACGUUAUCGAUGUCAGCGGUGGCGACAAGAUCCCCAGAAAGGGUGGACCUGGUAUCACGCAGAGUGAUCUGCUGAUCGUGAACAAGACCGACCUGGCAGAGCUUAUUGGCGCUGAUCUGGGUGUUAUGGAGAGGGAUGCCAGAAAGAUCCGAGAGGGAGGUCCUACAAUUUUUGCCCAGGUCAAGAAGGAUGUUGGCGUAGACCACAUCAUCAGCUUGAUCAAGAGUGCAUGGAAGGCCAGUGGUGCAGAGGAUGAGAGACGCAGCAAGGGAGGCCCAAGACCAACAGAGGGUCUCGAGCAGCUCGAAUAA